AUGGCACGACUACCGGCCAAUCCAAUACGAACCUAUGUCAUCACAGGGGCUGUUGCGGCUAUCACAGCGGUUGGCACCUGGUAUGGUGCCGGCCUGAAGACACGACAAGAUUAUGGCCAGGAGCGGAAAGCGGUACUCGAAGCGCCCAUCUCAGAGCGCAUUGAGCACAUGGAGCUGGCCAAAACACGAUUGACGAGCCAGAAGAUGGCAUUACAAAACAAGAUCGACAAAUUGACUGCAAAGACGGCUGAGGCUGCCAAAUCUGAAGCAUCACCAUCCGCUGGUUGA